AGUUCGCAUCGUGCGCAAACAGCGCAGUCAGCGGAAGGUCGUUUGUUUUCGUCAAUGUGGCUGAUCGUAGCGUCGCUGAAAGUGUUACAAACUGUUAUUAUCGAAGUGAAAACACUGAACCACACUGUAGCUGAGGAUCUGAGCGCUGUUUCUGGACAUACAGCAGCUGGUGGAGCUUUCUGGAGCAGCUCACUGCGUCUGUGCGGAUUUUGGAGAAGAAAGUGGAAGCGCAGGAUAUUUGAAGUUGCAUGUUGGUGAAAAUGUCCUCUAAGACGAGCUCGAACAACAUGGCCCUUGCGAGGAGGACGGUACAGCAGCUCCGGGUCGAGGCCAGUAUCGAGAGGAUAAAGGUGUCCAAAGCUUCAGCCGAUCUCAUGCGCUACUGCAGCGAACACGCCAAGUACGACCCUCUGCUCAUGGGCAUCCCGGCUUCAGAGAACCCCUUCAAGGACAAAAAGCCCUGCACUUUAUUGUAGUCACUGCACUUCACCUUCCUUCGUAUUUAAUUAACACUGCCACUCGACACUGCCUUAACUCUAAACCUGUUUCAGGCUGCGUGUAAAUCCACUGUGUGUUAACGUCAAUCAGCACUAAUCACAGCCGAUCUUUCUGUUGUUAUGAAUAACGUAUAGUGUGUGUUCCUUUGUUUGUUCAUGCUGAACUUAAUGCAUUCCAGGGAAUUUGAGUAAAAACUGUGCCAUGAAACGAAUAUGUUCUGGUCUGUAUGAGAGUAAAUCAUUUCGUCCCUAUUUCAUCACCGUUGCUUGAUGUCAAACAGCUUACAUCAACUUUAAUGUUUUUUUUUUUUUUUAAAGAGAAACAUAAAAAUUAUGUAUGCAGGAUGUUAUUUUAGCUUAUAACUGCGUGCGUGUGCCAGUAUCUUGAUACGUGAUCUAAAAUUGAAAGUAUUAGGAGCGACUCAUUUAAAAUAGGCAGCGAUUUGCUAUGUAUGAUUUACAGAUUAGAUGUGCUUUAAUAUGAUACAAUAUACAAUACAAUGAUUACGUAUUGUGCAAGCAGUUUUUACUCAAAAAUGGAGCGAGUGUUACCUUUGAAAAGGCCACACCCUUUUUCUAUUCAUAAAAUUAUACAUUUAUGUUUUAGUUUUGUAAAUUACAAACCACAUCUUUAAAUCACCACACACACACACACACACACACACACAGUGUACAUGAGUGUAAUAUGGUGAAAAGAAAGGUUAGACUUCAAUAAUAAACCUAUUGUUAUAGUUUAAAUGACAUUGUUCCUUGUAUGUGAAGCUAUGAGAACAUCUGCUUACAUCUGCUUACAUCAUACUGCACUUUUCACAAUGCAGUGCAGUGUUGAAAAACACCACCUUUGUCCCACUGACCUCAAACACUAAAGACUCGACUGUAUCUUCUCAGAUUUCAAGAGCUUCGUUACAACCAAAACAAGACACUUUUAGAGUUUAUUCUGUAGGUUGUGAUAUUGUAGGAAUCCCAUUUACAGUCAAAACACCACUGACCAUGGCAUAGCACAGGGAAUGCAAGAUGAGCUGAAGAAUUAACAGCUGGGUGCCAAUACUUAAAAGCAUCUAUGAUCCUGGUCGCCAUUUUGAGGUUUGAGAUUAUACACAUCAGAAGCUGAACUUAACUACAGCUACAGACAUUGACAUCUGAUGCAACGUAUUUCAAAUUGUGAACGAAACUGUUUAUAUAUACAAAUUAAAUACUUACGUUUUUAAAUUUUCUGACACUAACUAUUACAUCAUCAUCAUCAUCAUCCCGCGUAAUUAGCCACGUCAAUGGUGAGGUUAUGGAAGUGAAAGUUCUGUUCAGGUUUUUUUUUUUUUUUGGUAUAGAGAAAUUGAUGUUUAGGGAUAAUUUUCAAACCUGACCAAAUCGAAGUCAUAGAUUUAGUCUGAUUUCAACUUUGUUGAAAAACAGCAUUGCUGAACUAAAUCCUAAAUCAAUCCUAAAUCUGAAACUCACCAAUCAGAGACGUCGCUUGCAAACGUAACCAUGGAAACAGCAUGUCAUGGUGGCACACUUUGCAAGAUUUCUAAGAUACUAAAAGACGUCAUUCUAAGAUACUUCAGGUGAUAGUAAAAUAGACAGUGUUGAUAAAAACAUGCUAAAAUUGGAAGUGAUUCAGUGACAUCAUUCACAAUUCUAGGAAUAUCAGAAUAACCUUCUACAAUUGUCCUUUUUUCCCAUUUUUCCUCCCAAAAAAGUUUUUGCUUUGAAAUUAUGUCAUUUUCAUGACAUCAUUGUCCAUCUUGUAGUUGUUUGGUUUGGUUUAAUGAAUCAUUUUCUGAAAUGUCUAUGGAGAAAACAAAAGAGGAAUUUACUUCCAGAAGGAAGGCUGCUUAAAAAGUGGGCGGUCACUGUUGUGCGCUAUUAAUACAGUGAGUUAGUGAGUUAGCGAGCCAGCUAUGCUCGGUGAAAGUGUAUUGUAAUCAGCUGACCGUUACAGACUCCGCCCCUUUGUGCUGCAAGUGGCGGCUGAUGUGCUGUAGGUGUUACUACAUCAUGAGGAGAAUUCACAGAGUGCGUGUUUAAAACAAUACUAAAAUAUAAGAAGUAUAAGAAGUGAAGAAGAUCCUCAAAUGAUGUAUACAUUUUGUAAUCAGUUGUCUAUUUGUAAUAUUGCAUUUUUGUGUUUUCUUGCUUUUUUCCAUCCCAGUGACGUGAUCCCAUUUGAACGAUUCUGUACGUCCUCUUAACCAUGUCUCCUAAACGAUUUUAUUAAAAUGAUGCAAAAUAAAUUAUUUACUGGA